UGAUAGGGCGAUAUUUGUUGGCGUGACGGCGAUUUCAAAAUUGCUUUGGGGUCAAAAAUCUGCUUACGUUAUCACUCUAACGGUGCGGCAGUUGGUGUCAGUUACACUCUGUGUUUCGUUACUUGGACAUUUUUCUUGUUUUUCGUUUUUACGUCGCCAUCGUGAGUCCGAUUCCCACCAGAAGUAAUAGCUCCCUUCUCGGCAUCGAGCCGCACGUUUUGAUACCACUUUUGUGGGGGUGCACGCAGCGGUACGAGCCACAUUAACGGUUCGUACCGCUGCGUGCGAGCUGUUAAUGCUCGCACGCAGCGUUAACACACGCAGCAUUAAUGCUGCUCUCCUUCUGCAUUGCUAUGGGCAGGCCAAACAACGAGGCUAAUUUUGCGACAGGUUUUUGUAUAAUGUCUGCUGACAGCAACACAUUUGAAAGCGUAAAAGCUGUUAUCUUGUCGGCUCAUAAAAGCACCACAUCAGAAGAGAAGGUCGGCUUUUACAACCGCUGGGCAGAAAACUACGACCAGGAUGUGGCCGUUUUGGAUUACCGUGCACCAAGUCUGGCAGCAGACUGCAUCUCGUCCCAUUUCAGCAGCGUGCGAGAGGCAGCCGUCGUGCUGGAUGUGGCAUGUGGUACCGGACUGGUGGCCAAACACAUGAAAAAACUCGGGUUUGAACAUUUUGUGGGUGUGGAUGGCAGCGAGGCCAUGCUGGGCAGGGCGAGAGAGAGCGGCUUGUACCAGGACUUGAAGCAGUGCAUGCUGGGAGAGGAGCCUCUCCCUGUACGGUGGGGCAGCUUUGAUGUGGUUGUAAUUGUUGGAGCGUUAAGUGCUGGUCAGGUCCCUAUUAGUAUCGCCAGACACUUGUGCAAUGCCACCAAACCAGAUGGCUUCAUUUGCAUGACAACCAGAAGUAACCAGGAUAACUUGGAGUACAAAGCUGCCCUUGACAGCGAGCUGAGGAAGAUGGAGGAAGAGGAGCUCUGGACUUGUUUAGAGGUCACCGAGGUCAAAGACUGGGAAAGGGCUGUAUCAGAGAAGGAAGAUGGCUACAUAUCUGGAGUUGUGUACCUCUAUAAGAAACUGUAACACAUUAUUUUGAAUGGUUAUGAGUUGCAUGGUGCAGUUGGUAUCACUGCUGCCUUGUAGGGUGAAGGUUGUGGGUUCAAAUCCCAGGUUAGGAUCUUUCUCCCUUCAGUUUCUCCCUGAGCUUGCAUCCGUUCUGCCAGGUACUCUGGCUUCCUCCAGCAGUCCAAAAACAUGACUGUAUUUUUAAAUUGUCCUGAGAGGUGUGCAUGUUUUUCCUGGUGACCCGUCCAGGGUGUAACCCGAAUGUUGCCCAAAAUCAGCUGAAAAUAGGAUGAGCAGGUAAACAUAAUGACUGGUUUAUUAUUUUACUUAAGGAUCUCUUAAGACUUGAGUAAAAUAUAAUUAUACUGUUUAUAUAUUAUUAAAUUGUACUUUUUAACUUGAAUAACUUUAAAAAAAAUGAAUAUUGCAUUUUUGAAUAUUUAAAUAAUAUUAAAAUAUUCGUAAAUAUUUUUUAACACAAAAAACUACUCACAUCCAACAUGUACAUGAGGAUGAUUGACAGCACUACGAUCCUCCUCCUGGCUCUGAUUGGUUGUUUCUGACCAAGCGGUUCAGAAACAACUGCUCCCAGUAUAGCAACACUGGGAGGUGGCAGAUGAGCUUAAUUUAUUUCACAGAUUACCUGUAAAUAUUAAGCUUUAAUAACAUUAAUCCCAAGUUUUGGUUUUUUUUGUUUGUUUGUUUUUGAUGUAUCAACAAUUUUUUGAAGCCAAAGUUUUUUUUGUUUUUAAUCCGGGGGAGACCAAUAUGUUUCCCAUCCACCAGGUGGAUUUUAUAGAAAUGGUUCUCCAGCGCAUCACUGUACAAGCAAUGUUUGGCUAAACCUCAAAGCCCUGAGGUGACUACAUCCAAGCUUUACCAAACACAUAAUGCAGAAUUUUUUUAAAGAAUUAAGUCAAUAAAUACAAAUAAAUAAUGUUUAUGUUA